AGUCCCUCCCACUGCCAUCCCAGUCCCUCCCAGUGCCAUCCCAAUCCCUACCAAUGUCCUCCAAGCCCUCUCCCCUCCCUCCCAGUGCCCCCCAGCUCAGCCCAGUGUCUCCCCCGUCCCUCCCAGUGCCCCCCAGCGUGUCCAUCUCGCUGGUGCUGUCGAGCUCCCAGCCCGGCCCCGGCCGCCUGCUCUGCUCCGUGAUGGAUUUCUACCCUGCACCGGUGCAGGUGAGGUGGUUCCAGGAUGGGCAGGAGCUGCCGGAGCACGUGGUGGCCACCGACGUGGUCCCCAACGGGGACUGGACCUACCAGGUGCUGGUGAUGCUGGAAAUCCCCCCCCGGCGCGGGGUCACCUACAGCUGCCAGGUGGAGCACGUCAGCCUGGAGCACCCCCUCAGCCGGCACUGGGAGAUGCCACCGGACACCGUCCACAGCAAGAUCCUGGUGGGGGUCGGGGGCUUCGUCUUGGGCUUGGUCUUCCUGGUGCUGGGGCUCGGCUUCUACCUGUGGGAGAAGGUAAAGGGGGGUCCCCACGGGUUGUGUCCCCCUCCUUCCCGGACCUGCUCGGACUUCACGGGAGAGGUUUGA